AUGUCUGGAAAAUACUUGCUGCUCUUGCUCCUGAUUGUUGUUUUAAUCACCACUGGUUGUCUUGCCCAUCAUGACGACUACAAAGAUGACAAGAAGCCGCCUGGGGAAAAACCACCCAAGGAUGAUCAUAAACCUCCCAAGGAUGAUCAUGAACCUCCUAAGGAUGAUCAUAAACCUCCCAAGGAUGAUCAUGAACCUCCUAAGGAUGAUCAUAAACCUCCUAAGGAUGAUCAUGAACCUCCUAAGGAUGAUCAUAAACCUCCCAAAGAUGAUUAUAAACCACCUGCCAAACAUGACAAGAAGCCACCCAUGAAGAAGCAUCCACCUGAAAAGAAGUACCCAGUGCCACCCUACGAACCACCCUCCGCAUCAUGCUCCAUCACUUGUGGUGUUGGAGUUUAUUUUGAAGCACUCUUGUGUUAUAGAAGAGGGUGGGGGUGGGGGAUUUUGAUAGUCAGAGGUGGGAAACGAAGAGCAAAACCAUGCAAUGAGCGAGUUACAGGAGGUCAGCGCCUUUUAUCUUUCUACUCGGAACCAUCCCACAGAAAUUUUCCUAGUGUUGCAUAUAUAAUCAUCAUGUUUUGUGUACGCUUGCUAGUUUUGUUCCUUAUGGUGGGAGUUAUCGUCGCUGCUCAAUGCCUCGCUGAACGUCAUCAGCAUGAUCAUCGCAAAACAUCUCCACGACACAGGGCAAUUGAAACCUGUAAAAAAACAGCAGAACACAGCAGAUCAAUAAAAGCACCCAAGGCAGAGAAGAAAAAACCUCCAGUUCCUCAUGAUAAAGAUAAGGCACCAAAACAUGAAACCCACAAAUCUCCUAAAAAAGGCGCUACUAAACCACCUGUUGGACAUGAAACAAAAUCGCCUCCCAGUAAACAGGAUCUACCUGCGAAGAAGCUUCCCCCUCCCGGAAAGAAGCUUUCCCCAAUGCCGCCCCACAAACCACCCACGACAUCUUAA